UCCUCCUCCUCCCUUUCCUCUCUCUCUCUGUCUCCUCCGCCUUGAGGUUUCUCCUCCCCUGCGUGACUCUGAGCGCGUGCAGAGCGCGUCCCCCUGACUUUGCGCGCUUGCGGCGUGUGUCACCGCGCGUGGGGCCGGCUUUUAAACUCUCCCAGGGCCGCAUCGGAGAGGCAUCCUCUCGCAGUCCUUUUCCUAAGCCGGAGUCGAGGACACCUGCUGCCUGGGCACCUGCUCUUUGGGAUCCACCUCGCUCGCUCUCCCCGUGGCCUCCAAAAUGGGGCUCUCCAACCUCCUCCCUUGCCUCUCCUUGGCCGCCCUUUUGGUCGCCUUACCCGAUGCAGCCCGAUCCGAAGUGAUAGCCCAAGGCGAGCCGGGCUUCGGCGACUGCGACGCCUUCUUCUACCAGCAGACCCCUCCUGAAGGCUUGGGGAGCCUCCCGAAGGUGGCCAAGAUCUGCCAGAAGUACCGCCACCAGCCCCACUUCGCCACUCUCUACAGCACCCAGGACCGCACCCCCAUCUACUCGGCUUUCAAGUACCAAGAAGGGACCCAGUGCUGCCCAGAAGAGGCCUCUUGGAUGGUGGAGCCCCAGAUUGAUGAUCAUAAAAAUGGCUUAGCAGGAAUGAUGCCUGAAGCUGAGGUUGCCGAUUCGGUGAACAAUUUAGGAACAAACCAGGCCCUGACUUCAGAUUACGUAGACUCCGGCUAUGAGGCUGGUCAGUUGAAUCCCAGCUUCCUCCAGAAGGAUGACCAUCAGUUAGCCACACACUCGCUGACCAAUUCCUUCCCAGUGAAACCACCUCUUCAGGAUGUUUGGCACUGGGAGAUCGAGAACCUUGUGAGCCGUGCUUUGGCCCCUCACUGUGAAAAUGGGAAGGACCUGUACCUUAUUUCAGGAGCCGUUCCUUCUUCCCACAAAGUGAACGACAAAGUGUCAAUCCCUGAAUCUCUGUGGUUAGCGGCCUGUUGUGACGACGGCUCUAACACCUGGUCAAUGGGAUUUAUUAAACAGGCAGCUGCUGAAAAACGUUUGGAAGAUCUAAGCCUGGAAGAGCUCGAAAAGAAACUUCCAGAAGGAACCCGACUGUUCAAGAAUAACUGCGGCCAAGAAAGACAUGAUCCCAAGAAACUAGAGCCGGUGGGGAAAUCUGUCAAAAAGAUCAAGGCUGAAAAACCAGCGCUACAAUCCAAGAAGUCCUUGCCGAUGCCACACCAAGCCCCAAAAGAGGAGGAGUGUGGCUUUAUGAAGAAGCUGUUUUACUUUGUUAUCACCCCUAUAUGCAGACUUCUGACCUUUGCAAUUUACAUGGUGGUCCAAAUAGUGAAAUUUAUAUUUUACAUCUUCUCGACUCUCCUGCACAUGCUUAUCACAGGGCUGUGCACUUUCCUCAAGACAAUUGCCUCAGUGUUGAUGCAUGUUUUCACCAGCCUGAUCCACGUCCUGGUCAACAUAAUGAACGGCCUUGCCAGGAAUAUCUACAGAGUUCUCAUGGUUAUCUAUAGGAUUGUGUGCAUCCCAUUGAAUCUCCUGGUGGAUAUUCUCUCUUUCCCUUUCUACGUCCUGGGUGCCGUUCCCGCUCUGCUCCAUGACAUCGCCCGAGGUGUCAGCGGGCUCUUCAUGUUGCUGAUCAACGGCAUCACAAACUUUGUGAGGUGCCUCAGUUGGCUCGUUACGCACAUAGCCAAAAGCAUUCUUCCUCAUAUGUCCACUUAAUACUUGAAAGAAAGAAAAGAAUCACGACGACAACACGCAAUCCUUCUCCCUCCAAAAACUCCCUGUGAAGCAAUACUUUCCAAUGCGUUGCUAAUCUUCAGCUUUUCCGAUACGUAUUUAUUGUGGUGCAUUACCAGUGAUGAACCAAUGUUCUGGUAACAUGGGUGAGCUACAUGAGCCUUGAGAAAAAAAUUAUGACCAAAUAAAAUAUUAAAACUAUUGUAAAAAGAAAGAGUUCAGCUUUAGUUGGCUGAUUGAGCCUUCAG